AUGUCCUCGCCUGCAGUUACCAUCCCUACCGGCUCAUGGGUCCUUGUUACCGGUGCCACUGGCUUUGUCGCUGGCCACGUUACCCGCCAGCAUCUCCAACGCGGGUACAAGGUCCGCGGCACAGUCCGCGACCCAGCGAAAGCUGAGUGGCUCACUGAACAUUUCAAGUCCUACGCCGAUAUUGGCUCCUAUGUGCUCGUGAAAGUUCCCGAUCUAUCGAUUCCCUGCGCUUUUGACGAGGCAGUAAAGGGAGUCUCGGCCAUUGCUCAUAUCGCCAGUGUACUUGACUUUGAUCCCAACCCCAACAAUGUCAUUCCCCAGACUGUCGGCGGAGUAACAUCUGUCCUUGACAGUGCAUCCAAAGAACCCUCUGUCAACCGCUUUGUUUUCACCAGCUCCAUCGUCGCAGCAGUCUUCCCUACAGCGGACCAAGAAGAUGUCAUCGACCGCAAUUCAUGGAACGAAUUCUCUGUCAAAGAAGCCUGGGCUCCUCCUCCUUACGAACCAUCGCGUGCAAUGCUAGUCUAUGCCGCUAGUAAGGUUAUGGCUGAGCAAACGCUGUGGAAGUACGUGGAGGAGAAGAACCCUCACUUUGUGACCAAUGUCGUCAGCCCUGCGGGUAUCUUAGGCGAGCCACUUAACGAGAGACAUGCCACUGCACACGGAAACUGGAUCUAUUCGCUCUUUACUGAGAAGAGGGAAAUGGUUGAUGCGUACCAGACUUUAUUUUUUGUUGACGUCCAAGAUAUUGCUGUUAUUCACGUUGCUACUAUCCUCGAUCCCGAGGUCAAAAAUGCACGUCUACAGGCUUGGGGUCACAAGGGUCACUGGAAUGAGUUCCUCAAUAUUUUGCGGGAACUUCGACCUCAGAGGAAUUUUAUUCUUAAUUAUCCUUAG